GCGCAGGCGCAGGCGCAGGCGCAGGCUGCUCCGCCGCACGGCGGUGCCGGCGUGGGCGGGACCAGCGACCGGGCAGCGAUGCUGCGCGAGAGGCUUGCGGCUCUGGAGACGCAGCAGAGCCGGUUCGCGGCGCUCGAAGCACAGGUCCGCGCGCUGGCGGAGGGCGCUCAUGCACCACCCACCGCCGCGCAGGCGCCGCGAGGCGGCGGCACGCCGGGGACACCGCUGGGCACCUCCCCGUCGGCGCCCUCGCCGCCGCCGCCCGCCGCCACCCCGCUGGCACUGUGCGCCAGUCUGCAGGCGCCGCCCCCUCCGGCACGCGGCGCCUCCAGCGUCGCGGCCGCCAGCGCCUCGGGACCCUGCAGCCCGCAGGCCCCCGCCCGGCCCGCCGCGGCGUCGCCCAAGCAGAAGUCGGUGCAGAUCCAGGAGCCGCAGCAGAAGGUCCCGGUCCCCGUCGGCAGCGCCAUCGGCAGCGCCUGCGCGAGCAGCGAGCAGCAGGAGCGGCCUCCCGUGGCCGAACUCGGCACCCCUUCGACGGCCGUAGACAGCAGGACCAGCACGAUGUCCACAGGCAGCAGGCGCGACAGCAUCCGGAACAGCCUCAAGAACCUGGCUGGGUUUGCGGCCACGGGCCUCGGCGGCGGCAGGCGUCGGGCGUCGCUGCGGAGGUCCAGCUGCGAGUACGAGGAGGAGGAGCCUCAGCGGGCGCCCGACCACCUGCCCGAGCUGCCCGAGGGGCCCGAGGAGAGCCUCGGGCACGACAGCACCGAGCCCUCGGACCCCGAGGACGACGACGACGACGACAGCGACGCCGACAGCGACUUCGGCAGGGAGAUGCACAGAAGAGGCAGCGUCUCCGCCGAGGCCCACGGCGCAUGGAACAUGCGCCGCGUCGGUUCCGCCGCCGUGCACUUCAGCAAGGCGACGUCCGACAGGGACAUGCUGAUGAAGGCCUUGAAGAGCUGCCCCUUCUUCCAGGAUCUGAACGAAGAGACCCUGACGCAGCUGGUCGACUCGAUGCCGGUGGAGCCAGUGGAAGCGGGCGAGUGCGUGGUGAAGCAGGGCGAGCAGGGUGACGCCGCGUUCGCCAUCCUCAGCGGGAGCAUGAACAUCUACAACGAGGACUCCAACACCAGCUGUCGCAGAACCGUCGUCGUGGGCACGACGCUGGGCGCGGGCCCGAUGGCCUUCGUGAAAAAGAAGGAUUUCAUUCGGCAGCUUCCAGCAGGGCGCCUCUUCGGGGAGAUGUCCAUGCUAUGGGGUUCUCCAAGAUCACGUUCGGUGUACGCCUCCGAGCCCAGCAAGCUGGCACGCCUCUCGCGCGAGGCCUACCUGAACAUUGUCGUGCGCUACAACGAGGAGGAGCGGCAGCGCCGCGUGAAGUCCUUGAAGAAGGCGUCCAUGCUCGAGACCCUCGACAACGAGGAGAUCGCUCAGAUCGCCGACGCGCUGGAGAAGAGGCGCAUCAAGGAGGGUGACUACAUUGUGAAGCAGGGCGAGGAGGGGGACGAGUUCUUCGUCAUCAUGUCUGGCGUGUGCGUCGUGACGGUCGCGAGCGACGUGUUCAAGGGUGAUGAAGAUGUUCAGGAGUACAGGAGCCUCGGCCCGGGGGACCUCUUCGGGGAGAUCGCGCUGCUCAAGAGGACGAAGCGCACGGCCAGCAUCCAGGCGCGCUCCGACAUGCAGGUGCUGUGCCUCAAGCGGCGGCAGUUCGAGCGCAUGUUCGGCAAGCUGGAAAAGCUGCAGCAGAAGAACUACGUGUCCGACCCGAGGAGGUGCCUCGCGGAGUUCUUCCUGCCCGGCGACGCCACCGGGCCCAAGGGCAUGUGCAAGGAGAACCACGCGGGCCAGGCGCGGAGCGACUGGUUCGCGGUCUACAGGCCGACCAGCAGGGACGCCAUCGCCCUGAUGAUCCGCGGCGCCGCGGUGGGCAAGGGCCUGAACGUGAAGGGCAAGUCCGCCAAGCGGAACCGGCUCUCCGGCUUCGUCCCGUUCCUGCAGAUCAGCGACAACAAGCACAAGUGUAAGAUCGAGCCCUCCCCGCCGGACGCCCGGCUGCGCAUCUUCUACGUGUCCGAGGCGGACUGCCUGAGGGCCAAGUCGGAGCUGGAGGCCGUCGCCCACGAGCCCAACCUCGAGGUCACGGACCGCAGCAUCUUCGAGGACACCAGCUACGUGCACUCCAGCCCCCCCGUGUGGGGCCUGGACGUGCCCGAGCCCGUGAUGCGCGAGGCGUACAUCAUGAGGCCGGACAUCACGUUCAUGGUGGGGUGGGAGACCGGCAGGGCGUCGGAGCCCGCGUUCAUGGACAUGAACCUGCACGCGAUCCGGGACAAGAAGCCUCCAAGGGUCGUCCUGUACCAGUACGACGUGGAGGACCCCAUGAACCCGCAGGGGCUGCUCAUCGCCUACGCCGAGGCCUGCGUCAAGCCCGUGGUCUCCGACUUCGACACCUUCACGGUCGGGAGCAAGGGCAUGACGUACCACUGCCUCGCGGGCGGGCAGGCGGAGCUGUCCGCCUGGAGCCUCAGGAACACCCUGGACAUCUUGCGAAGCCCGUCCGGCGAAGGCUGGUGCGGGCGCUGGCUCGAUGUCCUGCGACAGGCCGACGAGCACAUCCUCAGGAAGGCCGAGGAGGAGAGGCCCCAGUAUGGCUACGGCGACGACGUGUCCUACCGGCUCAUCUCGGAGGUCGUGCAGGCGACGAGCGACACCGGGGCCGUGCGGCAUGGCGCAGAGUGCUUCAAUUUUUUCUUCCCUCAGGAGCUCGACCCUGACUACCUAGUUGUCUACCCUGAGCUGGACGACAAGCCGUGGGCGUACAUGAACGAGCUGGAGCUCCGCAACUUCCUGAGCGACCGGAUUCAGCACGGCUAUAUCUUCCCCAUGAACCCGGUGUGGCUCGUGCGCGACGAGGGUUGGUACGACCUCUACGAAGAGAUGAGGCAGACGCCAGAGGGCGCUCGCGAGCUGGCGAAGUGGUUCGGCCCGCCAGGCUCCGGGAUCGCGGAGCUGAUAGAGGAGAUCCACAGCGAGUUCCCCGAGGGCUUCAGGGUCGACAAGGACUCCGCGGACAACUCGCAGCACUGGGAGGCGGCCAAGGGCGAGCUCGACAGCUGCGAGCUCGCGGCGCUGGCCACGCACACCGCCACGGGGAUGUCGUGGAGCAAGCUCCGGAGCAAGGUGCGGACGCUGCAGAAGCUGGGCGGCCUGAGCCCGAAGGCGGCCUCAUCCUCGGCGAGCACGGGCGUGUCCUUCGCCCUGCAGAAGGGCGACCGCCUCGCGGCCGUAGCGGGCGACGCAGGACUUGCGGAGACGGGGGCCUCGCCGGAUUGA